AUGAAUGUGAGUGCUAUUGUAUUCUAGUGAUUGUUGAGCUGCAAUGGGACCAAACGGAAAGUUUAUGAGGGCUAAUUGUAAACUAAUCGAAACAAAUUAAAAUCUUUUACAGAGUAGAUUCAGGCGCUUUCUUUUUCCUGAAUUCGAUUCCUCAAAACAAAUCCCAAAAUUCUGGUUUUUCUGACGAAAGCAGUAAAAAUAUCAAGAGAUCUUGUCGCGAAACAGGUUUACUUCAUCAGAUUUAUGUUAAUGAACGUAACAAAUUGGGUAUCUUCAGAACAUCCACCUUUGCCUCACCCAAAAUGGAGGAACCCAGGCAAUCCAGCAAGGCCAAGUCGCAGGACCAUCAUGUAUCCAACGACAGAACAACAACAAUUCUCGGGACAACAAUGUUUUGCAGUUUAGUCAUCCUGAAUACACCUUCCAAUAUGAAUCCGAAUAUCUGCAACAACCUCAUUCUUACAGUAAUUGCAUGAAUGUGGUGCAAACACAACAACUAACGAGGUUACAACAUUACAGUCAAGUAAGGAUUCAGCAAUCUUUAGUACUAGUCGCGGCAUAAAGUUCCGGCACAUUUGCACAGUGCGUUUUUGUUUUUCUUUCGCGCCCGUCGCGGCAAUUCCCCGUUUUUGCGACAUGCACUUCCCACGUGAGUUCGCAACAUCCGCAACAAAUGUGUCGGGACUUUAUGCCGCGACUUGUAGAGUGUUGUUUUAGAAUGGAAACAACUAUUCAAAUUCUUCUCUUCAACCGGGCGAAUGUAGAUUUGUGCAAGUGGAUCAGCAACAAUUCAAUAAUCUUAGUUCUUCCUUCCCUUUCCCUCUCAAGCAUGAAAACGAUACGGUAAGAAAAAUGAAAAAAAAUGUAUGUUCAAAUUAUAGGAACCUUCGUCAGAUGAAUCGAAUAUCAGUGAACAUCAGAAUGGAGUCAUCAGGAAAGGUGAGGCACCCCAAACUUUACUACGCAACACUUUUUCAGCAGAAAGAAUCCGCACCAUGAAAGAUUUCCUGCCCAGCACCAUCUCGAUGAUCAACCCCCAGCUGAGUUGUCUGAUCCAUUCCGAAGAAGCCGGUCUUCUGAAUCCCAUGGCUACUUUCUGCUCCGUACCGGGCCGUCUUAGUUUACUUAGCAGUGCAGCCAAGUACAAGGUUACAGUAGGAGAAAUCCAGCGUCGAAUAAAUCCACCAGAAUCCCUGAAUGCUUCCGUCUUAGGGGGAAUUCUAAGACGAGCCAAAUCGAAGGAUGGCGGAAAGUCCUUGAGGGAUCAGCUGAAGGUCGUAGGACUUACAUUACCAGCGGGACGACGAAAAGCUUCCAAUGUAAAUUCGUUGACUGCACUUGUUGAAUGUAAGUGUUAUAUUCACAGUGACAUGUCAUCGUUUUUUAGACGAAGCCAGCCAGCUAGCGGUUGACUUUGAUAAAUUGUGUGAGAAUGACUUCCCAUCCAAAGAAAUGGCGGAAUAUAUUUUUAAAACAAGGUGUCAGGACGAAGCCGUCCGAGAACAAAGGAAAAGCAUGAUCCUCAUGACAAAGUAAGUACACGGCCACUUUUUGCAACCUUGUAACAGACAGUUGGUGCAAGAAUUCAACACUAUUCUCAGCUUGGAUGGGAGUCCGUCUUGUAACAAUUCUCCUCGACAAACGCUGGAUCCUGUCAUUCAGAUACCUUUAACGCAUUUCUCAUUGGUAAGCCUUUAUCACCCUCGACUAUACAGGGUGUUUCAAGAAAUUUUGGACAAAUUAUUUGCUUAUAUCUUUGUGCUUUUUGUAGCUAUCUCAGAGGUUCAAGUUGUAUUUAAAAUUUGAAGUCGUGCGUUUUUAGAAUAUGCAAAAGAAUUUUUUCUUGUCUCGGCGGAGAGACCAUUUUUCGGCGGAGACAUUUGAUGUCUUUUUUGAAAAUCACACCUCGAUACAAAGCCCAGUUAUUUCUACUACGGAUGAAAUUAUGUUUACCACAUCUAGAAGGACGUAAUCUGUUAGUCUCGGUAGCUUGGCGGAUGUCUCGCACAUCGGCGAAGGCUCGGCGGAGACUUUUUCACUUGCGGAGGCCUUUUUGGGGACUUGGCUUUUGCAUAUCAAAUUGAAAAAUUUUCUCCCGUUAGAUAAACUUCCUUGGUUUAUCUUGCAUUGAUUGCUCCAUUCGGAGCAGUGGAAGUCAAUUGAGCCUAAAAAAUGUGUCAUCUUUGAUGAAAGAUUGGGGCUAGCACUCCUUUUGUGCCACUUCCGUGCCCUGAGACUUCUUGAAACUUUAAAAAAUCCUCCGCCGAAUUCUCCGCCAGCCUUUAAACAUGAAAAAAAGAAAAAUCAAGGCAAGGUAGAUGGUAAUGCGAAGUGACUAGCAAAAAAAUCAUCAACUUCUCUCCAAUCCGAUCUGCGUAAUUCAAGCCUCCAAAACGUCCUACGCAAGUGAAAACGUCUCCGCUGAGCCUUCGCCGAUGUGCGAAACAUCCGCCAAGCUACCGAGACUAACAGAUUACGUCUUGCCAGAUGUGGUAAACCUAAUUUCGUCCGUAGUAGAAAUAACUGGGCUUUGUAUCGAGGUGUGAUUUUCAAAAAAGACAUCAAAUGUCUCCGCCGAAGAAUGGUCUCUCCGCCGAGACAAGAAAAAAUUCUUUUGCAUAUUCUAAAAGAUAUAAGCAAAUAAUUUGUCCAAAAUUUCUUGAAACACCCUGUAAAAUAUAAUAAAUACAGGUCACACAUGGAUUCGGUGGAUCGGCGGUUCAGUCUAGUCUCAAUGCCUUCAGCAAUUACCUCAACGAGUUAUUAAGGAUCAUGGAAACCACAGAACUGUAA